UCUCCUGCCAUGCCGUCGCUUCUGGAGGUGUUGAAGUUUCUGGGCGCAGGAGUGCUCGGUCUUACCCUGGGCGUGGAGGGUCUGAGUUGGCUGUAUCGGCGGCUGAAGCCCGCUGGGUCUUCACGCAUCUCCGAGGUGCUGUUCUUCCCCUGUGAAUCCCACUGUAUGGAGAGCCUCUUCUCUGAUGGAAGAGUCAGCGGAGACCAGUGUGUGUGUGGUGAGACCCAUUCCACUGCUCUCCAGUCUUCUCCUGUGGACCCCUUCUACCGGAUGCUGUCCCACCUCCUCUCCGCCCGUGUCUCUCUGGACAUCUGCGUGUUCUCCUUCUCCAAUUUCGAGCUGAGCAGAGCCGUGCUCCAGCUGCACGCACGCGGGGUACGGGUCCGCGUCAUCACCGACCGAGACUACCAAACCAUCCAGGGCUCGCAGAUAGGAGUGCUGAGGAAAGCAGGUAUCUGUGUUCGUCAUGAGCUGUCCCGCUCGGUCCACAUGCAUCAUAAGUUCUGUAUAGUAGACGGCCGCCUGCUACUCUCCGGCUCCCUCAACUGGACAAUGACGGCAGUGCAGUCUAACCAGGAGAACGUGCUGGUCACUGACCACGCAGACAUCGUCGCCCCGUACCUGGCCCAGUUCAGGCGACUCUGGGAGGCCAACGACCCCGCACGACACACGCACUCACCUGGCAACGCAGACACCUACGCGCCACGCCAUCACGGGCACGUGCACAAGGGGCAUUACGCGGAUCGAGUCAAGGGUCUCGUACAUCGUGCCGAGGUGGAGAAACACACUGCUAGCAAUGGGCAUGUCUAUCAGCAGUGAUUUAGCCACCUGUACACAUGCACACUCACACCAACACAAACACACUGCUAGCAAUGGACCUGCCAUUCGCCAGUGAUUUAGGAAUACACACACACACACAAACCGCUAGCAAUGGGCGCGUCCAUCAGCAGUGAUCUAGCCACACACACACGCAGAUACACACGGUACAACAAUUUACCUGACACACCAUGUAGCACACGCGCACACACACACACACACACACACACACACAGUACCAUCACUGACCCCACUCUCUCUCACACACACACACACACUAAAGCUACUAAUGGACAAUCCCAUCACCUGUGGUCACCCACACAGCAAAUGGCCACAAUUGCACCCCAGUUCUGAUUAGUUGACGAGCCGCCAAUCAUUUCCAAAAGGGCUGGACUGGCCAAUAGAAUCAGGAAGGCACCUGAAGUGCCUCGAGAAAGUUGUUUGUUAGUUUUUUUUAUUAAUUUUUUAUAGACAUCAUUAACAAUUGUAAUAUACAUAUUGAAGAUAUGUACAUAUUUUAGUAGAAUGUUUUAUUUUCAAUCGAUUUUUUACAUUUGUUUCAAAGCAAUAUCGGCUUAUGGGAAAGUGGUUUUGGUUUUUCCUGUUAUCGACGGAACCCACGUGUCUCCUGAAGAGACUGGUGAAGACACCGGUUAAGCAGAGGGAAGGAUGUAAACAUGUUUGUUUUGAAAACUCUGCUCUUGGAAAUGUAAACGCAGUGCUGUUUGACAUCAGUAAAAUAAAUUAUAAUUGACUUUA